UAUAUCAUCUCGCGCGAUGCGAACGAAGCGGAGCGCCUCGAAGUGCAGCACAACUGCAUGAUCUCGUGCCAGGGGUACUAUCUACACCCAGACGUGAUUCCAUCAAACACCGCCCCUCGAAUCGCCGACCUGGCCACAGGAACGGCUAUCUGGCUACGCGAGCUUGCUCCAGCAUAUCCUCAGGCAGAACUGCAUGGCUUCGACAUUUCUGACAAGAUGUUCCCGGAAAUAGACAGACGCCCUUCGAACGUCAAGCUUCACGUUGCCGAUAUCAAGAAACCAUUCGAUGAUGAGUGGCUGGGCUACUUCGAUAUAGUGAAUGUCCGCUUGAUCCAGGCUGCUAUGAGGGUGGAAGAAUGGGGUCCAUUGGUCUGCAACAUCUCCACCUUACUCAAACCUGGAGGCUGGCUACAGUGG